CUUUCACUUAUCCUCUUUAAAACAAGAUCUAUUGCUGGUUUCUUUUUCUUGUAACGUCUCUCAUCUUAUCCUGGUUUGUGCAGUUCCACGGUUUAUUUUAAUGUGUUUUAGGUGUUGAGGAGGCGGCCCAUGAGACAGCUGCUACAGGUAAACAACACCCACCUGCCCUUCAGAGUCUUGUCUCCUUAAUUACCUCACAGUUGCCAAGAUUAUCAGCAGGGAGUCACUACCAGACCAAGGCUCACAGGUGGAAAUGGGGCUACAUAGUAUAUUGAAAAAAUUGAAACAAAAAGAGCAUGAAGUUCGUCUACUUAUGCUUGGCUUGGAUAAUGCAGGGAAGACAACAGUAGUGAAGCGUUUCUGUGGAGAAGACAUCAGUACAAUAUCUCCAACAUAUGGCUUCAACAUUAAGACUGUGGAACAUGUUGUUGAUAAGUACGGCUACAAGUUAAACAUUUGGGAUGUUGGAGGACAGAGUUCAUUGCGAUCUUAUUGGCGUAAUUACUUUGAAUGCACUGAUGGACUUAUCUGGGUGGUUGACAGUGCUGAUGCAGAUCGAUUGAGAGACUGCCAGGCUGAGUUGAGGAAAUUGCUUGAGGAAGAGAGGUUAGCAGGAGCAACACUUCUAGUAUUUGCAAAUAAGCAGGAUCUUCCUGAAGCAUUGACGGCAGAACAGAUAAGAGACAUACUAGAUUUAAAUAGCUUGAAGACUCAUCACUGGUACAUCUUGCCAUGUAGUGCUGUCACGGGAGAGAACCUGGUAGCUGGCAUUGAUUGGCUGAUUCGGGACAUUGCAGCCCGGAUAUUUACUCUCGAGUAGUUAUGCCUUUAAUGUUGAUCGUUAUUGUGAGAACCCAAAUUGUUGCUUGACACUCUACUCAUCACUGAACAUGACUGUGUAAACCCUGUUGUCAUGAUGUAGUAACUUUUUUUUCCUCUCUUUUACAUGGCAUGAUGACAUUGCUUAUAUAAAUUGAUAAAAUUAAGAAAAAAAUUGGCGAUUAAAAUCAAAUAAGAAAACAUUUAUAUAUACUGUAUUGGUAGAUAUGCACUGGAAAUUUAUAGAUACCAGUACAUACACAUGUGCAGUAGCUGAAACAACUAUCUGUGCAUACUUUGUGGCAAAACCGCAAACAGCAACUUAACCUACCUUAGUACAGUACUACACAACCAACCAGCCGCGACAGCACUCCUAUCUUUUAACUUAUCUAAUAAUUCAACUUUCUUUGUCAGGGUCAUUACUGACUUCUGCCUUUUACAUUUUACUUCACUAGCACUGACACUGACAGGAGGCAGUCUUUUAGGGGCCAUUUCACACAGAAAAACUAAAGUUUUGAGAGUACAACAUGUGAUGCUGCAUGAGGUGACUCAUUGUGCUGUGGGAAAAGGCUUGCAGGCUAGCCACCAUAUGCUUACCGCAAAUCGCAAACUCGUUAAUGACAAGGGUCUACUGUACAGUAAUUACACUAAAUUUUUAAAAUAAAACCAGGAUAAAGCUUUAGAAUUGGGCAUAAUAACAACCAAUGGGCAUUAUUUCGGGUUGGUGUCUGCCAUGCAUUUCACAAUAAGCCAUGAAUGAUAUUACAGUACUCCGACACCCAUCCACAACAGCCUGAAUAAAUUCUAUACAUAUAUUUUCUUCCUCUCUUCCUCUACAUAUUGUCUAUGUAAAAAAUUUUUGUAGUCUGCAUAUUUUUAGUUAUCAAUGUCUAUUUGGCAAUAAUAAAACACUUACACUUUAGAAGGAUAAAUGAAAUCCAUCUACCACAUUAUCAUUCAGUACCUCGUCCAGCCUCUCCCCUUCUCAAUAACUGGAUGCAACCUAUCUGGCAUAGAAGACACAAGGUCACACAUAAACUCUGGCCUAUGCCUGCAGAGUUCUCACUGGGCAUGGACGUGGUUUAGGAGUUGAUGGCUGGUCUGCUGGUUCCCAGGUGCAGUGACCUGUCAUCAGGAAGGGUGCAACAGGCUAUGCACCCUCCACUGCCAGUGUACCUGUAUCACAAAAUUCUGAACGGAACUGUACAGUAUUUCAGAUGGUAACAGUGUCUGAGUUUCAUGAAAGUGACGAGUAGAAGAUCUGUUAUGCUACCCUGCAGUUUCUAAACGAGUCUUAUUGUAUUUCUUUACUUAGUCUUUUUGUUUUGUGUUUAUAAACAGGUGCAUUUUAGAGCUCAAACAGAGGAAGAGUAGAGGGAUGAAGGCAUUUUUGUGUAGAUAUGUCUCCCAUCUAUAUAGUUAACAUGAAUGUCUUACAAACUUAGACCAGAUGUUAAUAAGAACAAAUUGUUGAGGAUGACCUAAAUCAAAAUCUUGGCAUAGUAGUAACUCCUCACAACUGUUUAUCGUAUCGUAUAGUAUAUAUCGUAUGUGCUGCUUCCCACUGAGCAUAUGAAAAUAAUUAAUGCAUGAAACAGGUAAGAUCAAGUACUGUGCUGUAUACCAGUGGUUCCCAGCUUCACCGACCAGUGGAGUGAAAAAAUAAAAUCUGCUGACAAGUAA